AUGCCGCUGAAGCAACGAAACGCAGUGUUGGAGCUGCACUCUCCGACGGAAGACAAUCUGGUAUCGCCGAGCGUUGGCUCGGUCGCAACCGAUUUCGGUUCGAUCGCGGAAGAUGGUACGGGUACGGUGGCGCCCGCCGAUAAGGCAGCACCGUCCGGCCAGGAAAAGGAUAAGGUGAAAAUGAAGCAAUCGCUCGGGCUGCUGGAGGGUGUCGCCAUCAUUUUGGGCAUCAUCCUUGGCUCGGGUAUCUUCAUUUCGCCCAAGGGUGUCCUACAAGAGGUUGGAUCGGUCGGGACGUCACUGGUGGUGUGGGUGCUGUGCGGCGUGUUGUCCAUGAUCGGUGCGCUCUGUUAUGCAGAGCUAGGGACUGCCAUUCCCAAGUCUGGUGGUGAUUACGCCUACAUCUACGAAGCUUACGGGCCACUGCCAGCGUUUCUGUACCUUUGGGACGCUACUGUGAUAUUUGUUCCGAGCACAAAUGCGAUCAUGGGCCUAACGUUUGCGAGCUACGUGUUCCAACCGCUGUUCGCAGCCGGUUGUUCUGUACCGACGAUAGGCUUGCAGCUGUUCGCUGCCGUUACCAUCUGCGCCCUUACCUAUAUCAACGCCUACGACGUGCGGGUGACGACUAAGAUGCAGAACGUGUUCAUGUUCACCAAGAUCGGUGCACUAGUGCUGGUGAUAGUGGUUGGCGUCAUCUGGAUGGCGGUGGCCGAUGGUGGUAUGGACAAUUUUGAUAACGCGUUCCAGGGCACGGAAACUGAUCCGGGCAAAAUCUCGGUCGCCUUCUACUCCGGCAUCUUCUCCUACGCUGGCUGGAACUAUCUCAACUUCAUGACCGAGGAGUUGCGCGAUCCGUACAAGAACCUGCCCCGGGCGAUUUAUAUUUCCCUGCCCCUGGUGACGGCCAUCUAUGCGCUGGCAAAUAUGGCGUACGUGGCCGUCCUGACGCCGCAAGCCAUUUUGGCCUCCGACGCCAUUGCCGUGACGUUCGCCCAGCGAGCCAUGAGCUAUGGGGCGUUCGUGAUGCCUAUACUGGUGGCUAUAGCCGCGUUCGGAGGGCUUUCCGUGCACAUUAUGACAUCGUCCCGCAUGUGCUUCGUGGGUGCCCGCAAUGGUCACAUGCCAGAAAUUCUGUCCCAUAUCAAUGUCAACCGCUUCACGCCAAUGCCGUCACUCGUGUUUCUGUGUGCACUAUCGCUGUUGUAUCUGUUUAUCAGCGACGUGUAUGUCCUUAUCACCUACAGCAGUAUCGUGGAAACGUUCUUCAUCAUGCUGUCGGUCAGUGCGGUUCUAUACUUCCGAUACACCCGGCCCGAUAUUCAUCGGCCUAUUCGGGUGCCGCUAUGGGUGCCAACGUUGUUUGUCAUCAUCUGUGCAUUUUUACUGGUCGUACCAUGCUACGUGGCACCCUACGAAGUUGGCAUGGGUGUCACACUAACGCUGGCCGGUAUUCCGGUCUACUACAUCGGUGUGGCCUGGAAGCAUAAGCCCAAAGCGUUCACCGACGCACUAGCGCAGGUAACGCAAUUUUGCCAGAAAAUGUUCAUGACCGCCAAGGAGGAGGCCGACGUAGAUGAGUAG